AUGGGUUAUUAUUGUACGGUGCCACAGUGCACCUCACUCGCCGGCAAGACUAAAAACGUUAAGUUCCAUCGUUUCCCUCGAGAUAACGACAUGGCACUCAAGUGGAAUACUAUACUCAAACGCGGAAAACCAGUCACGAAGUACUCCAAAGUUUGCAGUCUCCACUUCACACCGACAGACUACAACAUAACAACAAUGGGUCAAUGGAAAACAUUGUCCAAAGACGCCAUACCCACCCAGAAUCUGCCGAAACUUAACCCUGAUGGCACCGUCAUGGUCAUAAGGAAGAGUAGGACAGUCAAAUAUAAGGAUUGCAAGAAAGAGGAGGUCGGUGUUAAAGAGGAGAAAUUCACAAGCAUGGCACAAACACAACCCCAUUUAACAAGCGACGUCAAGCAGGAAGAAGCCGAAUCAACUCUAGCCUACCGUUUGAUGUGUAAUCUUGCUACCGAUUUACCAAAACCAAGAAAGCAAGACGCGACUAUGCAGACGGACCCAAUACUGUCAGAAGACGAGCAAAACUCUAUGGAAAUAAAUUUCGACAUAGACUACGACAUGCCAAAAGAUUUCUCAAAACAAAACGAAGAUUUCAUACCACAAACAAACGAAGAGUACAACAAGGAAGCAGAAAAAUACGCAUUACAGAGAAAAAAUCACAAUCAAAUCGAAAAUUACACAAAGUUACCAGAAGUAUACAACGGUUUCAGAGAAAAGGAUUACAGUGAUCUAAUAUAUCAGAACAAUUAUACGGACAGCGUAGAGAUAUUGAGGAAUCAGCAGCAUAAUCUACAAAUGCUGCAAGAACAGCACAGAUUGAACGAAAACCAGAACUUCUUCAACGAAGAUCACAUAAAGCAAGAAAUAGAUUUCACGAACGAGGAAGAGAAAUUCUUGUAUGAAAGAAAUAAGGAACAGAUCGAUCAUACAAUUUACGAGCAAAGAGAACAACAGAGUAUAAUUGAUCAAGUGACGACCGUGAAACAGGAACCGGAAGUAUCAGGAGCUUGCGAGAAUGUUAUGCAACCUCAGACGAGUCCGUACUUCACGACAGAUGGCGCCACGAAUGCGACAACCUACUAUCAAUCAUUAGCGCGGCCCGGACCGGAGCUACUGAUUGCAAAACAGAAUGCUUUAGCGGCUCACACACAACUAUACAAAAUGAAUUACUCGUUAGAAGAGACCCCGCUUGCUAAGAUCGAUUUGACGAAAGACAAGAUGUCCGCGUGGCUUGAAGCUCAGGGUAAAGGUCAAAAGGUUGACAUGGAUGUGUACGGCUCUCCAUCACAGAAGGCCAUUCAGGAGUUAGAGAACGUGAGAAAACUUAGCAAAGAACUGCAAGAUAAUGUACAGGAAUUAGAAAACGCAGUACGGAUAUCUGAAGUAGAAAGCCAAGCAAUGAAUCCUACAGCCCCAAUUCUUGAUUACUCUGAGGAUCAUGAGUUUGUAUCGGCUAAUCAACUUGAUGAUUACUAUUCCCAAGAAGACAAAAAUGACGCGAAGGAGGCUGAAAAACAUCGCCUCACAAAGGGUAUGGCCCAACGAACGGAAAUACAGGAGUUUUAUAAGGACCAGUGUGUGUUUUUGACGGGUGGUACUGGGUUUUUGGGUAAAGUUUUAAUCGAGAAACUCCUACGUUCCUGUAAAGAUAUUGACACUAUAUACGUUCUGGUUCGUCCGAAGAAAGGAAAAGAUCCUACGACUAGAAUCCACGAAAUGUUGGAUGAAUUCGUGUUUGAGAGAGCGCAUAAUGAGAAUCCUAAAGGUAUUCACAAAGUGGUACCCAUAGUAGGCAACAUGGAAUUACCUGGUCUAGGACUUAGUGUUGAAGAUCGGAAGACGCUUACAUCCAGGGUGUCUAUAAUAAUAAACUCAGCUGCUACUGUGAAGUUCGAUGAGAAACUCUCCAUAGCUACCGGAAUCAAUGUGAGUGGGACGAAGGAGAUAUUGAAACUGGCCAAGGAGUGUCGACAUUUGAGGGCGGUCACUCACGUUUCGACGGCCUUCUCUAACACACACGUUAAAAAUAUAGAGGAAAGAUUCUACGAGGCGCCGAUGUCAGUGGAGGCGUUAGAAGCUGUCUCCCAGUUGGACGACAAUUUGAUAGAAUCUAUUCUGCCCGCUUUGUUGGGUGAUCGUCCGAACACUUAUUGCUUUACUAAGGCGGUAGCCGAAGAAGCCGUCAGAAAGUACGGAGAGGGACUUCCUAUAUGUAUAGUACGGCCAUCUAUCGUUAUAUCAACAUACGAAGAGCCUGUUCGUGGUUGGACGGAUAGUGUUUAUGGACCAACCGGCCUAGUCGUCGGCAUAGGAACCGGGGUCCUCAGAACAAUGUACAUGGAUUUGAACAAAGUAGCGGACAUGGUGCCCGUGGAUCUUUGUGUCAACGCUAUCAUUGUAUCCGCUUACCACACCGCAAAGAACUUCAAAGAAAAUCAAACGUCUGAUAUACCUAUUUACAACUUCGUUUCCGGCGCCCAGAGCCCCGUUACGUGGCGGCAAUUUAUAGAAUACAAUAGGAAAUAUGGUUUCCACAAUCCGACUAUGAAAGCCGUGUGGUACUACGGUCUGAAUGCAACAAACAACUACUACAUGUUCCUGUUCUACAAUUUCUUCCUUCACUAUCUGCCGGCCUUGGUAUUAGACGUAAUCAGCUUCUUGAUCGGCCGACGACGAAAAAUGCUCAAAUUCUACUCCAAAGUGAUAAAGCUAGCUCACAUUCUGUUCUACUUCUCAACUCAAGAGUGGAAUUUCUCUGAUAGUGGAGUUCGUUCAAUGUGGAAGUCUUUAUCUGACAGUGACAGAGCGGUAUUCAAUUUCAACAUGGCGGAAAUGUCCUGGGAUUACAUGGCGGAAACAUUCUUAUUGGGUUUAAGAGUAUAUUUAGUUAAAGAUGAUCUGUCCACGUUGCCUGAAGCUAGGAAGAAAUGGAAUAGAUUGUUCUACAUGCAUCAACUAUUGAAGAUUACUACAUUCAGUCUGGUGUGUUACCUUGGGUAUUUACUUCUAACAAGUCUAGCGAGCAUGAUCCUAGGAUAA